AUGCAAAAUAGUAGCCCUGUUGAUACUCCUAUCAGUAAAAGCCAUGCCUUGGGUAGUCAAAUAUGUCCUAAGACUCCUAAAGAGAAAGAAAAAAUGAGUCGAGUUCCUUAUAGGAGUGCAGUUGGAGGUCUAAUGUAUGCUAUGAUGUGUACUAGACUUGAUAGCUAUCAAGCAGUUGGCUUGGUAAGUAGAUAUCAAACCAACCCAGGUUUAGCACAUUGGCAAGCAGUAAAGAGAAUCAUGAGAUAUCUGAAGGGAAUUGCUGAUUAUGCACUUUGUUACCAAGGCAACAAAGAUCUGCGAUUAGUUGGAUACAAUGAUGCUGAUCAUGGAGGAGAUCUAGACGAGAGGAAGUCUACCUCAGGAUAUGUUUUCUUACUCAGUGAUGGCGCUAUAUCAUGGAGUAGUGAGAAACAAUCAUGUAUAUCACUAUCUACUAUGGAAGCAGAAUAUGUGGCUCAUGCAUCAACAGCACAAGAAGCUGUUUGGUUGAAAAGGUUUUUGGAACACUUGUUGGAUAUCGCAGAAGCUGCUGAACCAGCGUGCAAGGUAGUGAACGUGAAGUAUGUGUCUACAAAAGAUAUGUUAGCAGAUCCAUUGACCAAGCUUGUGUCUAAAGAUGCAUUUGUGAGACAUACCAGGUUUGCACUCGACAAGAGGCUAUAUACUCCUAAAAGAUAUAUAGCAGUUAGCUCUCACAGUACAGAGCCAACAAAGUUAUUUCGAGCUAAUCCCAGCUUCUGUAUUUCUCAAGAUUACCUAGAUCCUCUGUUCCAAUAA